GUUUCCCGCAACGACGCUCACGAUGGACGAUGUGGUGGUUUUAACCAAGGCCCUCGCCGUAGCGGCUUCGAAAAGCAGAGCCAAGGACAGGAGACAUCUCGUCGAAGCGGCGGAGCAAGUCUCGACACACCUCGUGUUGCUGAAACUGUCGCUGAUAUCCGAGCAAGUUGCCGAAAAAUUAUCCAGCUUCUUGCGCACAUCGCUUGCCAAUCUAUAUGCUGGAGUAACUGUGCCCAUGCUACGUUUGGUAUCCGCAAUCUUCGAAACGCUUUAUCAUGACCGAGUACUUGCUGCCAUGGGAAAUGGGCAAGAUGAACAGCGAGUUCUCUGGGAAUCGAUUUUGCACGCGUUGCUUUCUGGUGUCUUGGACUAUCUCGACAAUAACGCGACGACUGAGGCGAAAGAUGCCUUGGGCGACGCGCUCAUACCUGUCCUCGGCGAUCUAUGCUUCUCCCUCUCAGCACCCAAGACAAGUGUCGAUCUACGGUGU